AUGCCGCCAGACCCCAUGCCAGGCUGUUUCACUCCAGUCGCCCUAGAGGGGAUAGCUUCAACAAGUAGUUCAUCUGUGGAUGUAAAGCAGUGUAAGAUUGACUCUGCAGGAGUUCACUCUAGUGAGACUGUGUUUGUAGGUGCCAAGGUUGUUCUCUCUUGCUGUCCCAUCUCCUCACCACAUUUGGUGUUAGCAACAUGGACUAUAAACCUUAGAGGCAAGUUGAAAUGCAUCACAUUCUACAAGGAAGAGGAAAAUAAGACCAGCAACAACUGCAGUGACAAUAGAAUAACCUGGGCCUCCAGACCUGACCAGAAUCCUGCCCUUCAGAUUGAUCCAGUGGCCAUCAGUCACAAAGGGAAGUAUACGUGUGAACUUGUAAUACCAGAUGGAAAUCUCCAGCGUAGUUAUAACCUCCAAGUGUUAGGUAAGGAGCACCAAAUGUGA